AUGUUCAAGGACACAAGAGCCCUCGAAAACAAGAUACAAGAUGAGAACGUCAGGAUCAAGGCUUAUGAGUUAUCCGUCACCGUCGCGCUGCAUGUGCUCUUUGAGGAACAGACUUACGGCGGCAGAACGCCAUUUGAACAGUUCGAUGUCGGAGUGCAGAAGCAGAAUAAAACGAGCAGGCAGCGGACGUUUGAAACCAAGGACAUCAGCUUAUGCAUCGCCGACUUGGGCGGCUAUGGUGGUCUCUGCUGGAUUAAGAAGCGAGUGGUACCCAUCGUCGUUGAGAUUAGCGAUCUAAACGGCCGGACUCACGGGCACAUCAGGUUGUGCUUUAACGCUCUCGGCUUCAACGUCGACGCGCGGCUGCAGAUUGCCACAAGCCGGAUAUCUGGGCACGCCACCGGCCUCAAAAUAAGCGGUCUGACUCGUCGUGUCAAACCCCCCGACUUCUCCGAGCCCUGGGUUCUCGAGUUUGAGUUCAACCCGCCCCUGGGAUACUUCUCCCCAGGUCAUGCCGACACUUGUCUGAGCAAGGACGUGUAUCGCCACCCUGACCGGCAGCAGAGGCCCAAAGAACUGUUCAGCAAGAUCCACGACAUCUACGCCCUCGGCGCUGUGCUGCUCGAAAUUGGUGCGUUUGUCGAAUCGCAGCUGCAAUGACACUCGCCAUGGCUGACGGGUUAAAACUGGACAGGUCUUGGACAAGUCUCUGGCAACCUGCGGUGAGCCUCGACAAGGCCGGCUUCGCCAACGCAAAAAGCCCAAAAAGCAUCAAGCAGCAUCUGCUGCGGUAUGCGGAAAACAGGCUGGGGGCUAACAUGGGGACGAAAUCCCAAAACACCGUCAUCAAGAGUCUCACUUGAGAUUUCAAUGUAAAGGAUGACAAUGAGGAGCACCGGAAGUUGCAGCAGGCGUUCAGACCUGAUGUUGUGGAUGUGCUGCAACAAGCUGUCCAGAGCGUGAGAG